AUAAACAACUAAAAAUCUCACACAGUGUCCCUUUAAUAUAAAACUCUGAGCACGCUGACAUAGAGAUAUACAUUUCAUCUUAAGAUUAUUUUGUUGCCUGAUUGCACAGCCUAAUGACAGAUGUGUUGUCUUUUUUUACAGUCAUGGCCUCCGAAUUUACCAUAGAUAUACAACUCACUGAGCUGGGUUUCCACCACAUUCCUGAAUUCGACGAGGAGUUACCCUUGAAGGACACGCCAUCCCAGCUCAGUCCCCCAUGCAGCCCGCCAGACAGCCCAGCUCCGUCCAAACCUCCCCCUGUCACAAACGUACCUGUGGACCCCCGCGUCCUUCAACUGGUCCAACAGAACGCGUGUAGUAGUGGGCCAAGAGCUUUGCCUGCUGCUGGAACAACAGCGAGCACAUCCUCUCCUCUGCCUGCUCAUAGCUUGGACAUCAACCAGAAUCAGGAUUCUGAAGACCUAGCUGCGGUCAACAAUGACCAUUUUUCUAAUGAGACUGCUCCAUCGAAGUCUAACAUCACGUCCACGCCUGCGGCUACGGAAAAGGAGGAUGAUGGCAAAACGGCACCCAAUGAAAUUACAGUACGUGUCAAUUUCAGUGACAUUGUGGAGAAACGGAGUAAAUCAGGAAAAAAGACAACCAACACAGAGAAGGUAGCGACUCCGCCAGACGAGCACAAUGGCUCAAAUAACAAGGAACGCAAUGCAGGAAAGGCAGCCACUCCAGAGAGGCAUGAUGAUGCUCAGAAUGACGGGAGAACUUCUGCAAACACUCCAAAGAAUGGUCAGAAAGACGGCGCUUACAAUGACAGUGACGACAGUGAUGUGUCUGAGCAGGAGGAGGAAGAAGAGGAGGAGGAAGAGGAAGACACUGAGGAUGAUGCUCAGUAUCUCGCUCCAGAUGGAUUAGGAGAACGGCCGUGCAGCGUGUGCCAGCAGAAGUUCAACAACGCCUUCCUCUUGCGCGAGCACAUGCACGUGCACACGGGCGUGCGGCCCUAUCGCUGUGCCGAGUGCGACAAGCAGUUCUGCCACCUGGCCAACUACCGUGCGCACCUGCGCUCGCACGCUCAGUCCACGCCCGUGCGCUGCUGCGUGUGUCAGUUGGCCUUCGAGAGCGAGGAGCGGCUGCAGCUGCACCUGCAGCACACGCACUUCGAGGACGAGUUCUACCAGUGCGACUUCUGCAAGCGCAUCUUCACGAGCCUGAAGGACUGCGAGAUCCACGUGCACAACCACCGGGCCGAGGCGCAGCUGCCGCAGUGUCCCAAGUGCGGCCGGCGCUUCAAGCAGGACAAGGCGCUGCGCCGCCACCUGCACAAGCGCCUCUGCCAGCGCAGCUACGUCUGCAGCGACUGCGGCCAGAGCUUCCGCAAGAAGAACGCGCUGCUGCGCCACAGCUUCACCCACCUGGGCAUGCUGCCGUACACCUGCACCACCUGCGACACGCACUUCCGGCUGGCGCGCUUCUACCGGCGGCACGAGUGCAAGCCCGAGGCCAUCCGCUGCGUGGCCUGCCUGUCCACCUUCACCAGCCGCCGGGACUUUGAGGAGCACAAGAAGGCCACCGGCUGCUGGGGCUCCCAGAGCCAGAGCCAGACCCCCUGUGAGGAGAUCCGCUGCAUGGAGUGCGGCCAGACGUUUGGCACAGCCGAGGAGCUGAAGAAGCACGCCGGCUCCCACCAGAGGGUGCUCAAGUGCGCAGAGUGUGGCAUGGGGUUCCGCUCGGCCAUCAUGCUCAUGUCCCAUAUGGGGGGCCACGUGGCGCAGAGGCCCGUCCUGUGUCAGGAGUGCGGCCUGGGCUUCCCCCACCAGCAGCUCUACACUUUCCACCUGAAGACCUGCGGUCAAGAUCCGCCGCCUGCAAAGGCAAAGCCAGAAAAGAAACUGAAGAAAAGGAAGAUACUGCCAGAUUCCACUCCACCGGCAGAAAAACCCAAGGAAGCGACCACUGCGAAGGUGGCACCGACUCCGACAACAUCAAGCCAAGUUAAGCUAGCAGUUCCAGAAAUGCCUGCUUUUGAAGGUGGCUGGAGGCUACGUUUGAACGCCGCACCUCCACCCAACACGCCUGUGGUGGUGUUGAUCCCAGUCUCUGCUGGUGUUCCAGCGGGCCUCACCAUCAGCGCCCCAGAGCCCCAAAACCUCUCCCUGAAAACCCCAAACAGUGUAGAUGCUCCUGUCCAGCCACCACAACCAAUAGAUGGGAAUGCAAACACGGUUGUAAACCUUGAGCAAAAUGCUACUGUACUGCACAGUGUUGAAGCAGCUCCACAAACUUUGCCGUGUGAGCCGCAACGGUUAGGCACACUACCUCAACUUUGCCUUGAUCCACUUGUGAUCAAGAAAGAGCAAGGAGAACAUACUGGCAUAUCACAGACGUUCAUGUCAUCUUUUGACAACACAUUUGGUGCUUCAAGUUCGGUACGAGUAAAGAAAGAAGAGGGUGCCGAAGAAAUGGGUGCAAGUGGGUUUUGCGAUGAGAACGUGAACGGGCUUCCCCUGAAAACAGAGAUGGAGAUGAAAAGAGACUUAACGCCAUUUUUGAAGACUGAAGUAGAUGUGAAAGACGUGAUUCUUUCGAAUGUAACAAAGGGGGUGAACGAUUUUGACAGCAGCACUUUCAGUGCGGAACAGAUUGCUUGUCAAGCCUCUGAACAGCCAGAGGUGUCAAAUCUGCUGAUUUCAGAUGUCAGAGGUGGCGUCUGUGACACGUCUGAGUGGUUGAUCACAGAAGGUCGAUGUGAAGGCAGUGUUUCAGAAAGCUUCGGUAGUGUGCCAGCAACACCCUCUCAGGUGUCUUAUCACCAUGACAUUCCAAUGGACCUGAGAAGAUCUAAUCAGGAACAGACAGUGAAUCUUACCACGGCAGAAACGGUUCGUCCAGGUAAACAACAUGUAUCGGAGACGCAUGAAGUUGGACACUGCUCUUCGGUCACUGCGGUGGAAGUGGACCUGGGAGGAGGAGACCGCCGUGGAAAGGCGGAGGCAGAAGGGGAGUCUCACGAGUGCGUGACCUGUGGCCGCUUCAUCCUGGAAGGAGAUCUGAUGCAGCACUACAUGGAGCACGCUGUGAAAGAUAACCACAACCUGGAUGAUGAUAAUAACAAACUUCCGUCCCGCUCUCGAGCUUCCUCACCCUCCACCUCAUGGUGCGCCUCCCAAGACUCUGCACCUUCUCCAGGGUUCUGCACCCCCACCUCCACUCCUCCUGUUAGCCCGCCCAGCAAGAGGCUACGAUCCCGUGCUAAAUGAUCAGGCCUCCCGGGGUGGGGUAGGCACAACAGACAAAUGUAUUUAGAAUGACCCCGAAACAUGUUGCUGGUUCAACAUGUCAGAAGGGCUGGAUUCAUUCUUCUCAGAUGAAAGUGUUCUUCUCUGUAGCAUUCCUUCAGGCUUGCCAACAGCCUUGGUCUGGACCUGGGACAAAAUUAUCUGAAAGCCCCGCCCUUCCUCAUCAAUGCAUACAAUGGGCUCGUUUUUUAUGGAGCAGUGCUGCUCUUGCUAUGCUCCAGAGUGCAUUGAAAUGGCAAAGUGCGCAAGACCGCUGCAUAGUAAAAUCAGCACUGCUCCAUCAAAAACGAGCCCAAUGCAAUGGGGUCCCAAUUCUGGGCCCCUUCUCUGUCCCUUGACCUGGGACAACUGACGCAUUUGUCUGUCAAUCAGUGUGAAUUCCAAUACAUAGGAAUUCCUAAAGGAAAAUUCAGGCAGUGAAUAGUCAACGAUAUGUGGUGUUUAAAAGACAUAAUAAGCUAUUAUAAAGAUGACAGUAAAAAGAGGAAGAGAAUAAAUAGGCCUACCUUAGUUUUGACUUUUGUCUCAGGAUAAGUGAGAUUGAUUCAUGUUCUGCUAUAUAUAAGAUUACUUUCUUAGUCUGUUUAAACUACGUCUUUUCAUGUUUGCGCCCUCCUUUGGCUGUAGGAACAAUUUAAGGAAUGUUUUGUGUAUGUUUAUGAUGUGCAAUGUUAAUGUGGAGUUGGAGGCUUAUAAAUAAAAAAGAUAGGAUUGUAUAUGGUUUCUUACUAUUGAAAGGAAUUUAGGACGUUUGGGGGAAACUGUUAUACCUGCAAUAAGUGGUAUCUUUUCAUUUUCUGUAAAUAACUAAACAAACUGUAAAUAAAAUCAAUACGUAGGUUGUCGGGGGAACAUAAUUAUACCUGCAAUAUUUGGUAUCUUUUCAUUUUUUGUAAAUAAAUAAACUGUAAAUAAAAUU